UGUUUGCAGAGCAGAAAGAAGAGCUUGAGGGCUGCCUCAGUAGAUCGAAAGGAGAUUGUUGGAUCUGUUUCUUUAUUGGUGAGAACUCAGUGUUUCUUUUACUAUGGGGGAGAAACCGUUAACGGAUGCUGAAAGGAAGAGGCAAAUCUCUCUUCGACGACUCCCGAUCGUGGAAGGUGUGAACAGUCUAAAAGAAGCCUUCAAUCGCCAUUUGCACUACUCGCUCGUCAAGGACAGAAAUGUAGCAACCAAACGAGACUACUUCGCUUCUUUGGCGCACACAGUGAAGGAUAAAUUGGUUGGAAAGUGGAUUCGAACACAGCAAGCUUAUUACGAGAAAGAUCCCAAGCGUGUAUAUUAUCUUUCACUGGAGUAUUACAUGGGCCGUGCACUCACCAACACUAUGAUCAAUCUAGGAAUUCAGGGGGAAUGUGACGAAGCUAUGUAUCAGCUUGGCCUUGAGAUGGAAGAGCUAGAGGAAGUUGAAGAAGAUGCUGGUCUUGGAAAUGGAGGUCUUGGAAGACUGGCAGCAUGCUUCUUGGAUUCGCUGGCUACAUUAGGUUAUGCUGCAUAUGGCUAUGGAAUCAGAUAUGAAUACGGAAUAUUCAAACAAGCUAUUGACGAUCAAGGAAAUCAGAUUGAGCUACCAGAUGACUGGCUGAAAUUUGGAUGUCCUUGGGAAAAGGCUAGACCAGAGUACAUGAUUCCUGUUCAGUUUUAUGGAAAAGUUGAGUCAGAUGUAACUGGAAAAACACAGCGUUGGGUUGAUACGACAACAGUCUAUGCCAUGCCUUAUGAUCAACCCAUCCCUGGCUAUGGAAACAACACUUGUAACACCAUGAGACUGUGGGCAGCUAAAUCUCCAAAGAGUUUUGAUCUCUCAUACUUUAAUGGUGGGGAUUACAUUAAGGCAGUGCUGGACCGAAAUGUUGCAGAGAACAUUUCAAGAGUUCUUUACCCAAAUGAUAACUUUUUCGAAGGGAAGGAAUUGCGCCUGAAGCAACAGUACUUCAUGGUUUCUGCUACACUCACUGACAUUGUUAGAAGAUACAAAGCCCCAAAAUUUGGUUCCAGACAAGCUGUCAGAACAACGUUUGAGGAUUUCCCUGAUAAAGUUGCCAUUCAGCUGAAUGACACUCAUCCUUCCCUGGCCAUUCCAGAGCUGAUGAGGGUCUUCCUGGAUGUUGAGAAACUUAGCUGGGACAAAGCAUGGGAUAUUUGUGUGAAGACAUUCAGCUAUACCAAUCACACAGUUCUUCCUGAAGCAUUAGAGAGAUGGCCAGUACACAUGUUGGAAUACAUUCUGCCCCGCCAUCUGCAGAUCAUUUAUGAAAUAAAUGCUUUGUUCCUUAAGGAAGUAUCAGAGAAGUGGCCUGGAGACAUGGAAAGAAUGCGACGAAUGUCCCUAGUAGAAGAAGGACCUGAAAAACGCAUUAACAUGUCGCACCUGUGCAUUGUGGGUUCACACGCCAUCAAUGGAGUGGCUGCUCUUCAUUCUGAACUUCUUAAAAUCUCUGUGUUUAAGGACUUCUAUGAAAUGUUUCCCGAGAAGUUUCAAAACAAGACUAAUGGAGUGACACCAAGACGCUGGCUUGUUCUAUGUAAUCCUGGGCUGUCAGACCUAAUUUGUGAGAAAAUUGGUGAAGGAUGGAUAACUGAUUUAUCUCAGCUGAGAAAGUUAGAGAAGUAUGUCAAUGACAAAAACUUCAAACAUGCCGUCAUGAGGAGCAAACAGGAGAACAAGAUCAGGCUUGCAGAUUUUAUCAAGAAAGAAUAUGGCAUUGACGUGAAUGUGAGCUCCAUUUUUGAUGUGCAAGUGAAACGGAUUCACGAGUACAAGAGGCAGCUUAUGAACUGUCUUCAUGUUUUAAUUCUCUACAACCGACUCAAGGCAAAUCCAGACAUGGAGUUUGUUCCACGCACUGUCAUGAUUGGAGGAAAGGCAGCUCCAGGUUACUACAUGGCCAAGCUGAUCAUAAAACUGUUCAACAGCAUUGCCAAAGUGGUGAACAAUGACCCAAUCAUUGGGGACAAACUCAAGCUUGUGUUUCUUGAAAAUUACCGAGUCUCACUCGCUGAGAAGGUUAUCCCAGCAGCCGACCUUUCUGAACAGAUAUCCUUGGCAGGGACUGAAGCAUCUGGAACAGGAAACAUGAAAUUCAUGAUGAAUGGUGCGCUGACCAUUGGUACACUUGAUGGGGCCAAUGUGGAGAUGAGGGAGGAGAUGGGCAACGAAAACAUCUUCAUUUUUGGAAUGACUGUUGAUGAAGUCAAUUCCUUGAGAGCAAAAGGCUACAAGCCGAUGGAUUACUACGACAACAACACUGAACUCAGGAAAGCCAUCAAUCAGAUCAGAGAUAACCACUUUUCACCAACGGAACCUGGUGCAUUCCAGGAUAUUGUCAAUUCUCUCCUGAAUCAUGAUAGAUUCCUUCUGAUGGGAGAUUUUGAUGCAUACGUGAAAUGUCAAGAACGGGUCAGCGAAGUAUUCCAGGAUUCUGACCACUGGCACAGCAUGGCAAUCAUGAAUGUUGCAUCUUCUGGCAAGUUUUCAAGUGACAGGACCAUCAAGCAGUACGCCGAUGAAAUUUGGGGUGUGAAACCUCUAAGUACAAGCGAAGUCAAGACUGUCAGAGGAAAAUAAGCUACUAUUUAGCCAAUAGAAAGGAAGCGGCUCUUCAGCAAGGAUUUUGCAAAAUAUUCCUGAGCCUGACUCUUAAAAUGGUUUAUGUUUAGAACUACAUGUUGUAAAUUUAGUGAUUCUCAUGUAUAUAUAGGUGUUUCUUCCCUUAAGUCUACAAAUUUCAAACAUUUAUAGGUUUAAGCCGGGGUAAAAUUGUCAAGCUAUUUGCUGCAGUUUAAGUUAGAUGUAACUCAAAAAACACAUAGUGAUUAGUAACUACUAGGGGAGUAAUAGGUCUUUUUAGUAGGCCAGGCAUUCUUAAGAUUUAGUUUACUGCAUUAGACAACUGACACUUAAAAGAACUAGGUUAAAUGUGACAAUAGUGGUCUAAAAGUAUGAAGAGCCCAAUUGAGAUUCAAGAGAGCCACAAAUAAGCAUUAGGUGGGUUACAUCUGAAAAGGUUACUUGAAUUGUCUAUGGGCUAGUUUGGAAAAAAUCAACCCGGUUUUUUCAAUUUUAUCUGCUUUUGUGUUUAAGUGUCGAUGGUAUUGCGAGUGAUUUUGCUAAUUAGACUGUUAUUGGGACACUUAAGCUAGUGAUGAACAAAACUGUAUGACUUAGCCUCUCUUCAAAAUGUUCAAGUGCAUUUGUAGAAAAUACUUAGGACAAAUAAAAACUUAGGCAAAUUGAAAUCAUGAAAAGAUUUAACUGAAGUAAUUGGAAUUAUCUCAUAGUGGAAUAAUUGGGUUUUGUUAAGCUUUUCUUGCUCAGGUGCCAUCUUUAUACUGUUCAGGGAAGACUACCCUUAGGACGGUUAAAAUUGCUUUAAUUUCAAUUUUUUUUUUUCUAAAGUAGCAAUUAUCUAACAUUAUUGAUUACCUUACAAUCAAUCUUAUUGAGUUGUAUAGCAUGAUUUGUAUGUCUACAUUAUUCUAUGUUUUCACUUGUUUGAGAGGUCAUUUGCCAGUUCCAGUGCUCAAGGCCCAUCAAUUGGGUUUUCGUUUACUUCUUUUUUGCCAUUUGCUUUAAUUUUUUCUUUGUACUGGUUGGCUGAUGAGGUUAAUUUGCAAGCAAUUGAAUUUUGAGUUUGAAUCAAAAGUUGUUGUAAGAAGUAUUAAAUGUGACUAUAAUGUUUCUACCUUGCAUUAAAAAAUAAUUCUACUCAUUCUUAAAAGUAAUUUAAAAUGAUUAAAAUCUCCUUUAAAGAAAAAGUAUUUUUGGUGAGUGAUACAAAAAUGUAGCUUACUAACCAAAUUAAUUUUCAUAUUGAUUUCAUCAAACGAAAAAUCUCAGCACAAGAGGGAAUGUUCCCUAACCAACAGUGAGGUUUGUUAGUUUUUUCUUUGUGUAGUGAGCAAAUAAAGAAAAUCACACCCCUUGAAUACCAUUAAUUAGCUUGUAUAAUUGUCAGUGUCAUUAUCAUUGUCACAAACAAAAAAACAAAAAUCAACAUCAACAACAAUAGAAUUCAUAAUAAUUAUUACUAAGAUUUCCCAGAAUGGUAAGCAUGUCAAGACAGCAUAAUUCACGUAGAAGUAUUUAAACUUUUAUUUUGCAUAAAUUGUCAAACACA